AUGUCGCAGUCGGAGCAGCAGCCAGACCUAACACCCCUCCGCGCUCACUACCUCAAGAAAUCUCUCAUCCAACUCCAAUUCUCAAAGGAACUCGACCUCCUCGCUAGCACAGAUGUUCCCGGCGUAUCCAACCUCUCCCUCCUGGGGCCGCCCUUCUCCCCGGUCCCAAAGGCCCUCGUAUCUUCUCUGCCCCCUGGCCUCGACCUCCCGUUCCUCAAGUAUAUAUUCAGGCAAUUCGUUCUGACUUUUCCCUUCAUGGACGCUGCACCGAAGAACUUUUACUCAGACAAGGUGCAGCCGUUCGUCGACGCAAUGGUAUCGAGAAACAUCGCAGCCACAUCCUCUGUACUCGACUUUGACGGCUCCAAAGAACUGGCAACACGGAGAAAAAUGAUAGCUAAAAUCGAGAGGAAUAUGGCUCUCUUUAUCGGUGCCGCCACCAAACUCGUGGAACAAGAGGAGGUCGUCCGUCUCACCCAGAACGAUCUCGAUCGCCUCGAACGGCUUGCUCAGAAGAGGCAGAAACGUCUCAAGAAGAACAAGGACUACUUCGAGGUCAACAUCGUUGGCGUCCGCACCGUCGUCGACAAGGGACGCGUAAGAUCCAAGGCCCACGAGGAGUUUAUCAUACGCACACGGAGAGCGGGAUAUCACGAUACAUACGUGUCAAGGCGAUACGGGGACUUUCGGACCCUCGCAAAUGAGCUAGCCAAGCGGUACCCUGAAGAGGAUAUCAAACCACCACCGGCAAAGGAUAGAUCUUAUGUGACAGCUCCUGCUACACCCCAGACCCAAUCCUUCUCGGAGCAGCUCUACGAUGCCGCGACUGGUUCCCUGGGGUCCGCGGCCUCUUACCUUUUCGACGAUGGAAGUCAUCCUGCCUCUCCUGUUACCCCCGCAUCCUCUCAUUUCCCUCAAUCUCCGCCCCCGAAUCCCGCCAAGCUCGCAAGAGAAAAGAACAGACUAACCCUCCGAUCUUACCUUCACUCACUAAUGUCUUCGUCCGCGAUCGCGUCUUCACCUGUUCUCAAGUCGUUCUUGUUAUCGGGUUUCAUAGAAUUGACCCCGGCAGAGUUGGAGGAUGCUAAGAGGAGAGAGGAGGCGGAUAGAGUCAGGGAAGAUGGGAGGAAGAGGUUUGCGAAGGAGAUCGCGGCCCGCGUGGAUGGUUUGAGGGAGGCUGUCAAAAGCGUCAAGGGUGAUGUUAUGGGAAAGGAUGGCCUUACCUAUGUGUUUGGUACGAUCAAGGUAACACCUCGCAUCCAGGACCUGCCGGCGAACUAUCAAGCAGUCAUCGAAUGGGCCAGAAUCUCGUUGGCAUCCACGGUCUUCCACACUUUUGUGGCAUCCGACGAUGCGUCUGCCACCUUUGCAGGUCUCAAACGCAUUCACAGCCUGAUGCCCUACAUGCUCCUCAAAGGCGCCCUCAAGAUCACCAACCCGAUUGCCAUGAUCCGCUCUGUCCUCGAUCUUUUCCUUGCCCAACCAUUUGGCGGCAGGUCACUCCUCCAGCGCAUGUUCACAUCCUCCCUAACAGAAGAAGUUCGUCAACUGGAGGUUGAGAUCGAGCUGGUGAAGGAAAAGAUUGACGAUCCAAUCAUUUGCGAGAAGAUUAGGAUGCUAGUGAAUGCUCCGAGGGAAAUACAGCAGGCAUUCAAGGAGGAUGCGGUUAACGAGGGAAUGGAUAUUGUUGUUGUCGCAUUGAGGAGUGCGGAAGAGCCUGUUCUUUCAAGAGCGCAAAUGCAUAGACUUGCUAGAGCGUGGAGGAGUUACGAGGCGUGGAGAAAGGAGGUCAGGGCGAGGAAGGUGAGGGAAGGGAGGGCGAGCAGUACUAGCAGAGGUGGAAGAGACGACGAUUCGGACGAUGAGGACGAGUGUCCCCCGGAUGAGGAUGCAUGGUUCAUUGAAGAUCUGCGCAUGUUGACGGGGUUGUAUCAGAAAUUGAGGGACAAAGAGCAACUGAUUGCCUUGAUCUUUGAGGGAUUCACAGCAGAGCUCUUGAAGGACAUCAUCACCAUCUUCUACUCGCCUCUGGCCCAGGUCUACCGAGCCGCAAGCAUUGCAGAUUCCUUAAGUGACCUUCAAAACUUCAUCAACGAUCUGAUCAAGACUGUCGAGGAUGUUGAAGAACUCAGCCAAACCGAUCCUCAUCAAACUGUCCAGGCCUUCAUUUCCCUUAUCCAGCGUCACGAACACUCCUUCUACAACUUUGUCCACAAGGUUCACUCCAAAGGCGAAGGGCUAUUCGACAACCUCAUGCGAUGGAUUGAGUUGUUCUUAACCGUCGUUCGAGAGGGCUUGGGACAGCCAAUCAGUUUGGAAUUCCUCCUUCCACAUGCUGGAGCGGAGCGCAAACUGAUUCUAGACGAGGUGGACCAAGUCGCUUUGUACCAUUAUAAGCUCAAGGUGAUCUACGAGGACAAGCUCAGGCGGAGGUUUGGAAGAGCUUCCGGUGGUGGCAAGGCGGGGGUGGGUGAUAUAGGAGCCCAAGCUGAUGCAGAAGACGAGGCUGCGCGGGCUCUCGUGGACGGUGUUAUUGGAGAGAUCAGUUUCGGAGAGUUGGUAAAGGGUGAUGCGAUGGACUUGGCUGCAGAGGAGACCGACGAGGAAAGUGAUAGCGGGGAGGACAGUGAUGACGACGAGAGCUAUGAGAGUACAAGUAGCGAAGAGGGAAGUAGCGAGUACGAGACCGGAAGUGAAGAGAUUUCUGGUACCAGGGAUGGAAAGGGCAAGGAGAAGGUGUUGCCUCCACCGCCUGGCCAGGUCGAUCAAUCUCAACGCCACCGUCAUCACCACCAUAUCCAACAUCCCCGUGUCCAUCACCCUCACAUCCACCGAUCACACCAUCAUCAUCACCAAUCACAGCAAAUACAGCCCGUCCAACUUCCUCCACCGCAGCCAACGAGAAAACGUUCCAUGUCUCUGAAGCAAAUGAAGUCGAUGAGCUCCCUGUUGGGUCUAGGGAAAGGGGAGAAGGAAAAGGAUGUUCCGCCCUUGCCGCCUUUACCACACUCUGUCACGAACCAACAGAAACAGCACAGGAAGGACGGUUCGACUUCGGAUUCUUCCUCGAUCGCGAGCUAUGGGACAGCUCCAAGUACGAAAGGAGUGUCAGAAAGAGUUGGUGGUUCAGCCCCUGUGUCUGCGACGUCUUCUCGGCCUCCGAGUCGGUCUUCGACCGCCUCCGCGUCGAGGGUUGGUGUAUGUGGAGCUGCUUCAGAGAAUGCUGGUUCUGCUUUGCACGCGAGGCCGCAAGUCCAGACCCCAAAUCCAAUGGUCGGUGGCCAGGCUUCUCCUCCGAACUCGAUUCCUCCCUCGCCUGUGGUCAGGUCUUCGGCGAUGCCAUCCACGAGACCGCCCACACCUAGCCCUCUUUCUGCAACGAUCAAUUCUGGGACUGGUCAAGGUCCUCUACAGUCCCAACAGGCUGCACCUCCUUCCACUGACUUAGCACGAGCAGGAAUUCUGCCAGAGAGCAAACCGCUGCCUCCAUCACCACCGCCAGCAACGCAGGACCAAAGAAAGACCCCGGAGUCACAGCAGACACCGAAAUUGAGGAAGAAGAGUAAAAUGGUGGAGCCGCCUGACUUGAAGCAUAUUCCACAGUUGUUGCCUGUUUUCGUCGAGAUGGUGAGCGAUACUUAG